AUGUUUCUUCGUUCGCAAGCGAGGGCACUUCGCCAGCAACGGGAGCAGCCUGCUGUGCCCGAGUCUGCGAAUGCUCCCUCAGUCCAGCAAGAUACCCCCACGAUGGAUGAAGGAAUCGUCUCUGCGACCAAUAAUGAUAAGACAGGCCGUUCCAAGUUCAAGACUGGACAUGAAAUGAGCCUGUCGGAUGAUUCGUCGGCCAUUCCCACGGGCCCCGUCCAGCCUAUCACUGGCUCUGCUGGCGCUGCCAAUAUCACUCCGUGCCGUCGUGCUUCUCGCAUCUCUGCGGACUUAUCGAUCACCACACUGCAUGAUACACGGCCUGCCAAACUCUCCUCUCCUUCCAAACGUUUCAAAGAGAAUGACAACCCUGAUCAAUCCGAGCUGACUCCGCGCCGCCGUUCCCUACGGAUCGCGCAGGCCUUGCAAGAUAAUAAUGGCCGCACCGUGGAUAACGUCGAGAAAGAUGAUUCAACUACUGUACCGGUCUUCAACGAAGCAGAACAUGCCCCUCAACCAAGUCACACCCGCCAUCAUCGUUCUCAGCGUAACGUGCAUGCUUUGCAAGACAGCAAUGGCCGUGCCUAUCAUGUCAACAAAAGCGCCUCGACAAGUGCGGAGCUGCUGCCAAAGGAUUCCGAAUCUGUUGUACCAGAUGUCAACUUGGAAGCUCCCAGAGCUCGUCCCGCUCCUGUUCAAAUCCCCUCUCGUGUAAAUGUUGAGGAAGAUGAUAUUCGUCCCGUAUGGCGCAGCCACGCCCGCUUGCCUUCGACCACGGCACGCAAUGAGAAUUCGGAUCCAUUACUUGCUACGAUGAUGCAGUUCCUUUUGGGUCGCCCACCCAUGGAUUCUGGCAAAGGCACCUUCCAACCUGCUUCAAGUGCCCCAGCCAACUUAAGUCCAGUAGUCCAGCUUCAGCCCCAUAUUGAGCGAGGGGACUUCCAUCCGGUCACCAUUCCCGAGGAAGUGACCAACGCAACAGAUCUCGACUUGCCCAGCAGCAGCAAUUCUGGUAACCUCUUCGGACUCGGAUACGGCUAUGGCUAUCAUUUCCCGCAGGGAGAUGAGGAAAGCUUCUUUGAGGCCGAGUUUGCCGCCUACCAGUACGCCCAUGCCGGGGAUAUCGAGGAUUCGGAGACCUACCAUCUCGACGCACCGUCGGCAAUUCACCCGCUCCCCCCUCUGCGCAAUGAAUCUCCCGUCGAGACUGGGGCCAAGGCCAAUGUCGACUCUUGGAAGAAGGAGAAGAGCGUGAACGACUUUGUUGCGUCAAUCAUUAACCUGAGUGAGUUUGAGGACUGA